AUGUCCAACGAAUCGCAAGACAACUCCCCCGAGGAGUCCUCCUACUUCAACGACCUCUCGCAGCAACCUUCGAAGGAGGGCGAAGGUCCUGCUGGCGACGAAGCUACGACGAAUGGGCAGGUGCCGAAGCCAAAGAGGAUCGCGUGUGUGCUGUGUCGCAAGAGGAAGCUGAAGUGCGAUGGGGGCAAGCCUUCAUGUGGGACUUGUGCGCGGCUGCAGCAUGAAUGUUCGUAUGAUGAGGUUAGGAGGAAGAGUGGGCCGAAGAGGGGGUAUGUGAAGGCGCUGGAAGCGAGGCUGGCGCAGGUGGAGACGCUGUUGAAGGGACAGGAUGAGGUGCCGCCUAUGCCGCAGCCGAAGAAUUGGGGCGGUGGGAAGGGGGUGCGGUUUCAGCAGCAGGGGAACAGCACGCAGGCGGAGCCAGUGUUCAAUCUGGGAGAGAGCAUGGCGACGUCGCAAUGCGCGGUUCCUGGUGCUGGGGACGCUGCGCCCGGUGAAGAGCACUUCCCAUGGGAGAUGAUAGGCCUAGGACUGGACGAGCCCUUACCAACGCAGGACGUCGUCAACGACCUGGACGCAACAUACUUUGAGAAAGUGCACCCGUCGCAACCCAUGAUCCACCGACCACGAUACCACGCUGCGAUGAACCUGGCGCCUCACAUGCGGCCGCCGGUAUGCUUGCGAUACGCCAUGUGGGCGAACGCGGCCGCAGUGUCGGAUAAGUACGAGAAUCUGCAAGAGCACUUCUACCAGCGAGCGCGGAAGUACAUCCAGCAGGACGAGAUGAAAGGGCACGGCGAGAGCAUGAUCACGAUCGCGCAUUGUCAGACGUGGACGCUGAUUGCGACGUACGAGUUUAAGUUGAUGUACUUCCCGCGCGCGUGGAUGUCGGCGGGGAGGGCGUGUCGUAUGACGCAGAUGAUGGGGUUGCAUCGGCUGGAUGGAGCUGGGUUGGACGUGAAGCAAUGUCUGCCGCCGCCGCGAGAUUGGACGGAGCGCGAGGAGCGGAGAAGGACGUUCUGGGCUGCGUUUUGUGUGGAUCGGUAUUCGAGUAUCGGGACGGGUUGGCCGAUGACGAUUGAGGAGAAGGAUGUCAUGAGCACGAUGCCUUCGAGCGAGGAGGCGUAUGAGCUUAAUAAAUCGCAGAAGACGCCGACACUCCAGGAAGCUUUGAGUCCGGAAGGCGCCACGAAACUGACUGGCUUCUCCGGCGUGAUAUUGAUGGCAUGUCUCUUCGGACGCAAUCUCACACAUCUUCACCGCCCUGAACCAGACGACGCGGACGACGAUCUGAACGGCGAGUUCUGGAAGCGGCAUCGCAUGCUCGACAACAUCCUGCUGAACACCGCUUUGGCGCUUCCGGUGACGCUACGAUUACCUUCAGGGCUGAACGAUCCGAAUACUGUGUUCUUGAACAUGUGCAUACACACAUCGACGAUAUGUCUGCACCAGGCGGCGAUCUUCAAGGCAGAUAAGAAUCGCAUGUCUUCGAGGAUUUCGGCGGAGAGUAAGGUGAGGUGUAUCACGGCGGCGGCGGAGAUUGCGAGUAUUAUGAGGCAGAUUUGCCAUUUGGAUUUGUCUGCUAUGAAUCCGUUCAUAUCCUUCUGCCUCUACGUGUCAGCGCGAGUCUUUGUACAGUACCUGAAGUCACGGCCGAAGGACACUCAGAUCCGAUCAUCCCUGCAAUUCUUGCUACAGGCGAUGCAGGCCAUUAAGCGAAGAAAUCCGCUUACAGAAUCUUUCCUCGUGCAACUAGACGUCGAUCUUGAAGCUGCUGGGAUUGAAGACACCAGCUCGCUGCGGGUGCAGCAGAACAACACCUCACCCAUGGGGCCUAAUCGCUCAGAGGCCUGUCCAAUGCAACAGAUCCAUCUCGACCAUCGACCCAACUACGGCGACAUGGGUCUGGCUGCCUACAACGACCCGAGUGGCAACCCAAACCUGAACUCGACAUCUGCUGUGCAGCCAACCUUCAACUUCAACACCGACAACACCGAAAUGACAGAAGAGAGUCUCGACUUUAUGGCCAUGGGCGGCACAUUCGACCUGCCCAACCGACCCGCCGGCCAUCAAUCACCUGGCUCCUCGAACCAAAGCUCUGGCAUUCAGCGAAGUCCACAAUCUUACGACCCAGCAAUGGACAUCAGCCCCGACGCCGACCACCUCACACCCAACUCCAGCACACAUCAAACAUCCUCCGGCCACGCUUCUACUCAUGGCUACUCACCCAAAACUCUCCCUCUCUGGCAACCCGACCAAAUCCCCACCGCCAAAAUGCAGUCCCAAACCGACCCCGCCCGUCUCACUUCUAUGCUAGGCAACAACAUGGACGCCUACACCGACUUCGACAUGAACGCCUUCUCCGCCUCCAAUCCCGGCAACGACAUGAACAGCUUCCCCACCUCCACCGACCAGAGCGGCUUCGUCCUCCCUUCCAACUGGGGCUCCGGCAGUGGUGGAACAGGACUCACGCCUGGUAAUACCGGCAUGACCCCCGGACCGACUGGUUUCACCCCGGGCGCGAGCGGGAUGGGCGAUAUGUUGAAUAUGAGCGACGCGGAGUGGAACUCGAUCAUGGAGAAUAUGCAGUUUGGGGGCGCGUGGGAGACGGGGGUGGAGCAUAAUGAGAAUAUCCUGCAGGAGCGGCAGAGGCGGUAG